CUUCCCGGCACUCCCCGCUCUUCCUGGAUACAGCGCCCAGCGGCGCGGGCUAUCCGUGACCACGUCGCGAGCUCCGGGGCCUCAGGGUCUGUGAGAGGUGCCUGUGGGCGCCUCCAGGCUAGUACCCUCGCUUCCUGCUCUCCCUGACGCCGGCAUGCCUUCCACUUUGGGCUGUACCGACCAGCCUCCCAUCCGGCCUUCCUAGGCCUCCCUCUUAGGGCCACUUCAACCCGCCUCCAAUGCCGGUUGGCACGGUGUCCACUCCCAGAGGAGAGCGGCCCUCAUCCACCCGCCCAGCAGGUUUAUGUGCAGCCUGCCUCGAGGGGCAUGCCGGGGAGGCCCUGCCAGCACUCGGGGAUAUGGAGGAGUUCCGGCGCUCCUAUAGCCGUCUGUGCAAGGAGAGUGGGGCUGAGCCCCAGGAUGCUGUUCUGCAGCAACUGCAGCAUCUGCGCGGUCGACUGGACCUAGCCACGCAGACCCUGACGGUGGACACCUGCAGGGCCCUGGGCAAGCUGCUACAGCACCAGACGCUGUUUACGGAACUCAUCCUCAGCGACUGCAUGUUGAGUGAGGAAGGGGCCACACUGCUGUUCCAAGGACUGUGUGUCAAUACUAUUGUUCGGCUUCUGGAUCUAAAGGGCAACAACCUUCGAGCUUCAGGGGCUGAAGCACUGGGGAAACUCCUUCGACAGAACCAGUCCAUUCAGAGCUUAACCCUAGAGUGGAACAGCCUGGGCUCAUGGGAAGAUGCCUUCGCCACUUUCUGUGGGGGUCUGGCAGCCAACAGUACCAUACAGCAGCUAGACCUCCGCAACAACCAGAUCAGUCACAAGGGGGCAGAGGAGCUGGCCCUGGCCCUGAGGGGCAAUACCACCCUCCAGCAGCUGGACCUGCGCUGGAAUAACCUUGGCCUCCUGGGAGGCCGGGCCCUGGUGAACUGUCUCCCCAGCAACAGAACCCUGUGGAGGCUGGACCUGGCUGGGAACAACAUCCCCGGUGAUGUCCUGAGAGCCGUGGAGCAAGCCAUGGACCACAAUCAAGACCGGCGCACAACCUUCCAGGAAAACCAGGCCCGCACUCACAUUCUUAGCAAAGAGGUCCAGUACCUCCAGGAAGAGAAGUCCAAACAGUUUCUGGAUUUGAUGGAGACAAUUGAUAAGCAGCGAGAAGAGAUGGCCAGGAACAGCAGGGCGUCAGCAGCACGAGUGGGGCAGCUCCAGGAAAUUCUGAAUGAGAGAUAUUCCAUCAUCAACUCCCUAAAGGCCAAGCUGCAGAUGACAGAGGCUACCCUGGCUCUGUCAGAGCAGAAGGCCCAGGACCUGGGUGAGCUGCUGGUCGCAGCAGAGCAGGAGCAGCAGAGCCUGUCACAGAGGCAAGAGAAAGAGCGCAAACUGGAACAACAGGAAGCUGCAGAACGGGAAUGUAAGCUCCUCAGAGACUUAUCUGCCACCAAUGAAAAGAAUCUGCUACUUAGAAGCCAGGUGGAUGAGUUGGAGCGGAAGGUGAAGUCCCAGCAGGAACAGCUGUUUCUGACCAGGCAGGAGCUAACCAACACAUCAGCAGAGUUGAAGAUCCGUGCUAUCCAGGCUGAGGAGCGCCUGGAGCUGGAGAAGAGGAGAGCCAAACAGAGCUUGGAGGACUUGGAAAAGCUGCACUCCAAGGAGGUGGACCACAUGACCCGCCACCUAGAAGAGAGUGAAAAGGCUAUGCAGGAGAGGGUGCAGAGGCUCGAGGCCCUGAGGCUGUCCCUGGAGGAGGAGCUGAGCCGCGUGAAGACGGCAGCCCUGAAUGAGCGUGGCCAGGCCGAGGAGGAGCUCAUCAAAGCCAGGAACCAGGCCCGCCUAGAGGAGCAGCAGCGCCUGGCUCAUCUGGAGGAGAAGAUGCGGCUGCUGGCACAGGCGAGAGAUGAGGCUCAGAGUACUUGCAUGCAACAAAAACAGAUGGUGGCAGAGGCCCAGGCACGGGCCAGUCAGCUCACCCUGCAGGUGGAGGGGCAGCGACGGCGCCUAGAGGAGCUGCAGCAGGAGCUGAGCAACAAAGACCAGGAAAAAGUGGCAGAGGUGACCAGGGUGCGGGUUGAGCUGCAGGAGCAGAUGGGCCGUCUGCAGGCCGACCUAGCUGCCCAGGAAAUGCUGAAGGAGAAAGUGGCGGCUCUGGAGCGUCAGCUGAAAGUAAUCGCGAGUGAACAUCGGGAGGCGCUGCUGGACAGAGAGAGCGAGAACGCUUCUCUCCGAGAGAAGCUGCGGCUCAAAGAAGCUGAGAUCACACGCAUCCGGGACGAGGAGGCCCAGAGGGCAAGCUUUCUGCAAAACGCAAUCCUGACUUACGUGCAGGGGUCGCCUCUGAGUCCCCCCAAAUGAGGUGCCGUGGGGAAGACGUGCCUGCUGAUCAGCUACACGACCAACGCCUUCCCAGGAGAGUACAUCCCCACCGUUUUUGAUAACUACUCAGCCAACGUGAUGGUGGACGGGAAGCCAGUCAACUUGGGGCUGUGGGAC